AGAUUACUCUCAGGUUGUUGAGGCGGGCCUUGUGCAGGAAUUUAUUAAGACAACUCGUGUUGUUGCUUUAAUUGAAAUUGCAACACAGGAAGCUAAACAAGGUGGAGAGCAGGCUCUCCUUAUUUUCCAAACAGCUCGUGUUCCGGUCCAUAGUGCUAUUGAUUUAAGCAUUGAACAAGUUCUUCCGAUAGACAACAGUCUUAAGUGUGAGAUUGAUACGUCCAGCACAGAUGUUGAUACUGAUGUCCUUGUAAAUAUUACUUCGGGUAAAAUCCGCCUUUUAUUCGAAAUGCCUUUCAGUCAGCGAACCAAUACUUUUGUGUCAGAGGUGUUAAGGGCUGCAGAAGUCCUUAGUAAAAGAAGAGGGCCUCCUCCAGAGUUUGCUUGGUUGUCGCCUUAUCAGAAUGCAGCCACCAAUACUAAUUCACCAGAAGCUGGGUUAAGCACACCAGUGAAUGGUCCAGAAAAUAAUAUAGGAGAUGGAACAUCCCCUCUGGUUGAUGUUGGUGAGGGUCCACCUCAGACGCCACCUUCUCCUUACCUGGAUCCGUCUGUUGCAAUAAGCGAUAGCACCAGUAUGCAUGGUGAAAGCGAGAGGAGCCCUGAACUUGGCGUAAAUCGUCACAGUAUUGCUACUGGGAUCUCGCCUACUCCAAUAGCAGCAAGGGAGAGUCACAUUAGACAUCAAAUGGCAUUACGAGAAGACUCGUAUACAGAUAUUCAUGAAUUUGUUAUAUUUGUUGGAACCUGGAAUGUAAAUGGCCGCUCACCAACUAUUGGUUUGGCUGACUGGUUAGCUGUAGAUGAAGAGCCCCCUGACUUAUAUUGCAUAGGUUUUCAGGAACUUGAUCUGAAUACAGAAACAUUUUUGUUUAAUAAUACGCCAAAGGAACAAGAAUGGCUAAAUGCCGUUUUAAAUGGAAUCCAUCCAAAAGCUAAAUAUCAAAAGGUCCGUCUUGUACGUUUAGUUGGCAUGAUGCUGAUUAUCCUGGUACAAGAAAAAUACUUGGCUUACAUACGUAAUGUAGCAGUUGAUACUGUUGGGACCGGGAUAAUGAAUAAACUGGGAAACAAAGGGGCAGUGUCAGUUAGAUUAGAUCUCCACAGCACUUCAAUAUGCUUUGUUAAUGCACACAUGGCAGCUCAUAUGGAUGAAUUAGAAAGGCGUAACGAAGAUCACGACUGUAUACUUCAAAGAACGUGUUUCCAUAUGAACAUCAAUAGCCCUCCAAAGACUAUCAGGGAUCAUGAUCACAUAUACUUCAUUGGCGACAUGAACUACAGAAUAAAUCCUUGUGAUUUGAAUAUCAGGGAAUUAGCAAGCAGUGGGCAGUUUAAGGUUUUGCUGGAAUAUGAGCAACUACUUCAACAAAAAGCCAUGAAACGCAUUUUCCAUAAAUUCACUGAGGGUGAAAUCACUUUUAAACCUACCUUCAAGUAUGAUGUUGAUAGCGAUGAAUGGGAUUCUAGUGAAAAGGCAAGAGACCCUGCAUGGUGUGAUAGAAUUUUAUGGUUUGGGGAUACUAUUAAGCAACGUGUGUACAGGUCUCAUCCGUCAUUGAAGAUAAGUGAUCACAAGCCAGUCAGUGCUUUAUUUGUAGCUGGGAUCAAGGUAAUUGACACACGACGCUAUCGUCGUAAUUAUGAAGAGGUAAUGAAGAAAUUAGAUAAACUUGAGAAUGAAUUCUUGCCACAAGUAACAGUAGAUACUACAGAAGUUAUUCUUGAGCCAGUGAAGUUCUUACAUCCUCAAACAAAAUACCUCACCAUUGCCAAUACUGGACAGGUUCCUGUGCAGUUUGAAUUCAUCAAAAAAUUAAAUGAUACAACUUAUUGCAAGCCAUGGCUUUCUAUUCGACCAUAUAUCAACUUUAUGAUGCCUGGGGAUAAGUGUGAUGUUGUUCUUGAAGUACUUGUGGAUAAAAGAACAGCUGCCCAUUUAAAUUCAGGCCAUGAUAAGCUAUAUGACAUUUUAGUUUUACAUUUGGAUGGCGGAAAGGAUCUCUUCAUUACUAUAACAGGUGAUUAUGAGAGGAGCUGUUUUGGAUCAUCUAUUAAUGCCCUUGUUCAUAUGAACAAACCAUUUAAAGAAGUUCCCAUGGCAAGGCUGAUAGAUUUGGAAAGCAAACAACCAAAGGACCUGAGUGAAAUGCCAUAUGCAGUACCAAAGGAAUUGUGGUAUUUGGUUGAUCACCUUCAUUCACAUGCACUGCAGGUGGAGGGUCUUUUUACAUAUCCAGGUCUUCAAAAGGAAAUUAUUGAAAUUAGGUAA